AUGAAGAUCGCGUUAGAGUUUUAUAAAAUUUCGAUAUGGAAUUGGUUCAGAGCAUUUGGUUACAGCUCAUGCUUCUCACUCUCCACUAUAGUCUUAGACAAGCAUUACCGCAACAACAUGCCGAGGCUGGUCAUUGCACCACUCAAAGCCGGAUCUGAGCCCAAGCAAAAGAAGCAUGGAUUUUCGGCCGCAACUUAUAGAAUCUUAGAACCGGUACCAAACUUUGUGAUCAAGAUUGUCGACAAGGAUGGAGCUCGCCAGCAUGCUUGGCGUCAGUCUGUACAAGAUGUAACCACUGCUUCUGUCUAA